AUGGAAGCACUGAAAGAAUCUUUUGCUACUAUUUCUGAGAUGUUUAACGCCCGAAUGUCAGAAUUUCAACGUGAACUGCAGAAGUCUAGUCCUGUCCCAGUUACAGCCUCAUCACUUGCUGAAGAAUUUUCUUCUUUCAAGAAAUUCAUUGCAUCGGUGCUGGAAACAAUGCAAAAACAAAUAGAAUUUUUGAGCAGAGACAUUGACCGAAUGGAAUUACAGCGAAGGCGUAAGAUAAUAUUACUUCAUGGCAUCUCUGAAGACAAGACGGAGGAUACUGCUGAAGUUGUGUCAAAAUUGAUAUCCAACAAAUUGAAAGUUCCUGAUGCCUCAACUUCUUGCAUCAGUCGUUGUCAUAGGCUAGGACGUACUGCAGGUAAAAAACCAAGGCCAAUCAUAGUAAAAUUCCGUGAGGUCUCCAUGCGUGAUAAAACUUGGUUUUCCAAAACCAAACUAAAGGGCUCAGGUAUAACGCAAUCAGAGUUUCUGACUAGAAAUCGCCACAAUAUAUUCUUGGAGGCUCGGAAGCGACAUGGCAUUACGAACUGUUGGACAAAAGACGGCAUAAUUCAUGUGCUGGCAUCGGAUGGCUCAAUCCACCAAGUUGAGAGCUUGUCAGAACUUGAUGCUGUCCCGAUUGAAGCCAGCCCUGCUUCAUCUGCGCAGUCAACUGCCACAGAUGGCAAGCCCUCUGUGAAAUCGUUUGCUAAUCAGUUUCGCACAAAGCGAACCACAAGAAAAUAG